AUGGGUGGUGAAGAAGAACACGCAUCUCCCUUAACGGUAUGCAUAGACAUUGAAGAGCAAUGCACUUCCGCAAGAGUUGGUUGCAAUGAAGAUCUGUUGGAUAGACUAGAUGAACUGGAAACUGACGAUGGCACUCCAUCUACACCGUAUGUGUUGCCAUCUUCGGAUUGUAAUGAUAUCAUUGAGGAGCCAAAGCCGGGGAUGGAGUUCAAUUCAUUGGAAGAUUUGAUGGUCUAUUAUAAGCAGUAUGCUAAAAAUUGCGGGUUUGGGGUGAUGACACAAAGGAGUGAGAGGUCAGAGGAUCAAAGUGUCAGAUAUGUCACCCUCGGUUGUGCACGGGGAGGGAAGGCUCGGAUUAAGAGUUCCAAUAUCGCCAACCCACGUCCGACGGGAAAGACAGACUGUAAGGCAAGGAUUAAUGCCUUAAGAGUCGAGGGAAAGAUACGGUUGACAACAGUGAAUAACUCACAUAAUCAUGUAAUUAGCCCUCAGAAAUCCCGCUUCUUUCGAUGUAACAGAGAAGUGAAUGAGACUGUUAAAAGGGUCCUUGACACAAACGACUUAGCUGGUAUUCAGCUGAACAAGAGUUACAGAUCUCUUGUAGUUGGAGCAGGUGGCUUUGAGAACCUGCCAUUUUUGGAAAAGGAUUGUCAGAAUUACAUCGACAAAGCCCGCCAUCUACGACUUGGUGCAGGUGGUGCUGGAGCACUUCGUGAUUAUUUUAUGAGGAUGCAAUACAAGAAUAACGGUUUUUUUGCAUUGAUGGAUUUAGACGAUGAUGGGAGGUUAAAAAAUAUUUUUUGGGCAGAUCCACGUAGUCGGGCUGCGUAUAAGUAUUUUGGUGACGUCGUCACAUUCGACACCACGUACCUGACUAAUAGGUAUGGGAUGCCGUUUGCACCAUUUGUUGGUGUAAAUCACCACGGGCAGUCGAUUCUUUUGGGAGCUGGGUUGAUUUCCAGUGAGGACACAGAGACGUUUACAUGGCUGUUCCAAACUUGGUUGCAAUGUAUGGACGGAAUAGCUCCAAAGGCUAUUAUUACUAAUCAGGACAGAGCAAUGAAAAAUGCAAUUGCGAUAGUAUUUCCAGAAACUCGACAUCGAUUUUGCUUAUGGCAUAUACUCAAGAAAGUUCCAGAGAAGUUGGGUUCAUAUGCUGCGUACAAAAGUGGCCUGAAAACUGAGCUGAUGAAAUGUGUGUACGACACACAAACUAUUGCCGAGUUUGAAAAGCAUUGGUCCCAGUUUAUUAACACAUACCACUUACAUGAGAAUGCUUGGUUGAAAAGUUUAUACUCCGAGCGCGAGCAUUGGGUACCAGUUUUCCUGAAAGAGCACUUUUGGGCUGGAAUGAGUACAACCCAGCGGAGCGAGAGUAUGAACGCCUUUUUUGACGGUUAUGUCCAUUCGAAGACAAAUUUGAAGGAGUUUGUUGAUCAGUUUGACAAUGCGUUGAAGAAGAAAAUUGAAAAUGAAUGUGAGGCAGAAUUCCUGUCCUUUAGCGGCACCAUUCCCUGCGUAUCUAGAUCUCCAAUUGAGAAGAAAUUUUAA